CCAGAUCAUCCACCCACCGCGGGACGGGGGCAUCCACUACCGGGGGCUGACGCCGGACGAGGUUCGCAGCGUUCGGUUCCUGCCCUUCGACUACGAGAUCGAGUACGUGUGCCGGCCCGAGCGCGAGAUCGUGGGGCCCAAGGUGCGCAAGUGCCAGCGCGACGGCACCUGGACGGCCAUGGGCCACCCCAGCCGCUGCCUGCGGACGUGUCCCAAGUCCCACCUGAGCCUGGAGAACGGCCAGGUGGCCGCGGGGGACAUGGAGAGGGUCCCCGUUGAGGGCACCUGGGCCAGGUUCUCCUGCCAGCCCGGCUUCCGCCUGGUGGGCGCCGCCAGCAGCAACUGCACCAAGAGCGGCCGCUGGAGCCACCCCAAGCCCCAGUGCCUGCCUCAUCGCCCCCCCUCAGGGAAGAAAUCCGUCCACGUGGGGGCGCUGUUCCCGAUGUCCGGCGGCUGGCCGGGCGGGCAGGCGUGCCUGCCGGCCGUCAGGAUGGCCCUGGAGGACAUCAACGAGCGACGCGACAUCCUGCCCGACUACGAGCUCCGCCUCAUCCACUACGACAGCAAGUGUGACCCCGGCCAGGCCACCAAGUUCCUCUACGAGCUGCUCUACAACCUCCCGUUCAAGAUCAUCCUCAUGCCCGGCUGCUCCAGCGUCUCCACCCUGGUGGCCGAGGCCGCGCGCAUCUGGAACGUCACCGUGCUCUCGUACGGCUCCAGCUCCCCGGCGCUCUCCAACCGCCAGCGCUUCCCGACGUUCUUCCGCACGCACCCGUCGGCCACGCUGCACAACCCCACCCGCGUGCAGCUCUUCAAGAAGUGGGGCUGGACCAAGAUCGCCACCAUCCAGCAGACCGAGGAGGUCUUCACCUCGACCCUGGACGACCUCGACCGGCGGGUGAAGGAGGCCGGGCUGGAGAUCACCUUCCGCCAGAGCUUCUUCUCCGACCCCUCUGCGUCCGUCAAGAACCUCAAGCGGCAGGACGCCCGGAUCAUCGUGGGGCUCUUCUACGAGACGGUGGCGAGGAAGGUCUUCUGUGAGGUGUACAAGGAGAAGCUCUACGGCAAGAAGUACGUCUGGUUCCUGAUUGGCUGGUACGCCAACAAAUGGUUCCGCACGCCCGACCCGUCCAUCAACUGCACGGCGGACCAGAUGGCCGAGGCGGUGGAAGGUCACAUCACCACCGAGAUCGUCAUGCUCAACCCCGAGAACACGCGCAGCAUCUCCAACAUGACGUCCCAAGAGUUCAUCGAGAAGCUGGACAAGAGGUUGGGCAACAACCCCAAGGAGAACGGUGGCUACCAGGAGGCGCCGCUGGCCUACGACGCCAUCUGGGCCUUGGCCUUGGCGCUCAACAAGACGGCCCAAGAGUUGGCCAAGCAAGGGGUGGGCUUGGACGAGUUCAACUACAACAACAAAACCAUCACCGACGAGAUCUACCGCGCCCUCAACUCCUCGGCCUUCGAGGGUGUCUCGGGCCACGUGGUGUUCGACGCCAGCGGCUCCCGCAUGGCCUGGACCCUGAUCGAGCAGCUCCAAGACGGGGAGUACCAGAAGAUCGGGUACUACGACAGCACCAAGGACAACCUGAGCUGGUACAACAACGACAAAUGGAUCGGGGGGUCCCCCCCGGCCGAUUACACCAAGGUGAUCACGACCUUCCGCUUCCUGUCCCAAAAAUUGUUCAUUUCCGUCGCGGUGUUGGCGUCGCUCGGAAUCGUCCUGGCCGUCGUUUGUUUGGCCUUCAACAUCUACAACGGGCACGUCAGGUACAUCCAGAACUCGCAGCCCUACCUGAACAACAUGACGGCCGUCGGUUGUACCCUGGCGCUCGCCGCCGUCUUCCCGCUGGGGCUGGACGGGUACCACAUCGGGCCGGGGCUGUUCCCCUUCGUCUGCCAGGCGCGGCUGUGGCUGCUGGGGCUGGGCUUCAGCCUGGCCUACGGCAGCAUGUUCACCAAGAUCUGGUGGGUGCACACCGUGUUCACCAAGAAGGACGACAAGAAGGACAAGCGGAAGCCAAUCCGGGCGUUUUCUCCCCAGGAAUUCACCAAGGAGGAGCCCAAGUCGGACAUGGACGUGUCCAUCCUGCCCCAGCUCGAGCACUGCAGCUCCACCAAGAUGAACACCUGGCUCGGGAUUUUCUAUGGAUUCAAGGGGUUGCUGCUCCUUUUGGGAAUUUUCUUGGCCUAUGAGACCAAAAGCGUCUCCACGGAGAAAAUCAACGACCACCGAGCCGUGGGCAUGGCCAUCUACAACGUGGCGGUUUUGUGUCUGAUCACGGCGCCGGUGACGCUGAUCCUGAGCUCGCAGCAGGACACGAUCUACUCAAAAAGCCCGCCCUUCGUCUUCUCCUCCUACAUCACCCUGGUCGUGCUCUUCGUGCCCAAGAUGCGGCGGCUGAUCACGCGCGGCGAGUGGCAGUCGGAGCAGCAGGACACCAUGAAGACCGGAUCCUCCACCAACAACAACGAGGAGGAGAAGUCGCGGCUGCUCGAGAAGGAAAACCGCGAGCUCGAGAAAAUCAUCGCCGAGAAGGAAGAGCGCGUCUCCGAGCUCCGGCAGCAGCUCCAGGCGCGGCAGCAGCUCCAGCUCCGCUCGCGGCGCCGCCAUUCCCGCGAUUCCCAGAACUCCCCCAAUGCCCAGAACCACCUGGGCCCCUCCUCCCAGCAUUCCCAGAUUUCCCAACAUUCCCAGAUUUCCCAACAUUCCCAGAUUUCCCAACAUUCCCAGAUUUCCCAGGCGUUCCCCCAGCCCAGCCUGGUUCGCUGCCUGGUGUCGGAGCAGGCGGAGAAGCUGGGCCGGGCCAACUGCGACGGGAGCCGCGUGCACCUGCUCUACAAGUGAGGGAAAAUUCCAGAAAAAUCCCGGAAUUCUGGCGGGAAAAUUCUUGGAAUUCAGGCAGAAAAAAAUCUCGGAAUUCAGGGGGGAAAAUCCCGGAAUUUUUGGGGGGAAAUUCAGGAAUUUCUGGGGCAAAAUAGUGGAAUUUACCCAGGAAAAUUCACAGAAUUUACAUGGAAAAAUCGUGGAAUUCUUGGCCAAAAAAUCAUGGAAUUCAUGUCAGAAAAAUCAUGGAAUUCAUGUCCAAAAAAUCAUGGAAUUCAUGUCAGAAAAAUCAUGGAAUUCAUGCCAGAAAAUUCAUGGAAUUCUUACUGAAAAAAUCCAUGAAUUUAGCUGGAAAAAACCAGGAAUUUCUGUAGGAAAAGAAUGGAAUUGAGGUGGGAAAAUCCUGGGCCGUGCACCUGCUCUACAAGUGAGGGAAAAUUCCAGAAAAAUCCUGGAAUUCUGGUGGGAAAAUUCUUGGAAUUCAGGCAGAAAAAUCCCGGAAUGCAGGGGGGAAAAUCCCAGAAUUUUUGGGGGAAAAUUCAGGAUUUUUUGUGGGAAAAUCCCGGAAUUUAGGCAGAAAAUUCACAGAAUUUACAUGGAAAAAUCUUAGAAUUUAGGUCGAAAAAUCCUGGAAUUCAUGUCAGAAAAUUCGUGGAAUUUAAUUAGAAAAAUUCCUGGAAUUCACACGGAAAAACCCCAGAAUU